AUGGGACGUGACAGAACGAACUGGCCAAUACAGGACCCAGCAGGAAAGACCCGGCGUCGCCCGGACCGACGCAAGGUAGACCGUCUGCCGGAGGACCAAGCCUGCCCAAUCCGGGUAGGCUCCCUGACGUCCUCCACUUCCGUGUCUUACUCUCCGCCAGCGAGCACCCGAACGUCUUCACCCGGUAGAUCAAAGUACACCAAUCGGUACGAGGGAACCCGAUUGGCCAUCUACCCGGGACCUCCGCGGGGCGGCCAGAGGAGACGCCCCGGCCGGGCGCUUCCUGGUGUCUCUCGCUGCGCGGCCACGAAGACACAGUCCUCCCACUCCUCGCCGGUAACGGUGAGACCGGCAGACCCGCAGCUGGUGGCGAGGCUUCCAGCCCAGAGGGAGGAGGUGCCGCCAAAUCACGAGGCGUUCCGCCGCGAACUGCGGGCUGAGAUUGAGCGGCAGAGCGCGGAAUUGGCGGCUCUCACGGCCCAGGUCCGGCAAGGAUUGGCAAUCCAGCCGAGCUACGUUGACGUCGCAAUGGCGACGGACUCGCUGGUGAGGCAGGCCCACGUGUCAGUUUCGACUGACUCUCCGCCUGCUCGGGUUCAUGUUGCCGUGGAAACCGACCCGCCCCCUUGCCAAGUGCACGCCAUAGUGGGAACGGACUCGUCAUCUCAAGUGAACGCUGCAGUCGGAACGGACUCGCCACUUCAAGUGCACGUCGCAGUUUUGGCUGUUCCGAGCAGAGUUCACGCGGCAGUCGGAACUGACCCGCUCCCGAGACACGCCCACGUGUCAGUUUCGACUGACUCUCCGCCUACUCAGGUUCACGUUGCCCUGGAAACGGAUUCGCCACCGAGCCAUGCCCACGUUGCCGUUUCAACGGAUGCAGUGCAAGCUCAGUGGCAGUGUGGACCGACCCGACGCCGCCUCACGUUGCUGUCCAGGAGGUGGCGACGUCUCCACAGCCGCUUCUCGUCCGUGCUCUGGAGUGGCAGUGGCGACUGGUCCGCGGACGCUCCACACUCCUGCUCUGUCGGCGACGGGCACGCCCUCACGUUCCUGUCCAGGAGGUGGCGACAGUUCCCCAGCCGCCUCACGCUCCCGUCCAGGAGGAGGUGGAGUUGGUGA